UCUUGUUAUGUUGCAACAUGUCGUAGAGUCUUGUCUUUGAGCAUCCCUGCCGGGCUUGGCAAAUCUUCCAAGAGUUGAGCAGGUCACUGGAUGCCCAAGAGGAAAGAAUGGACUCACAGAGGCCACCUCUGAGGUCCUGUGAGGCCCUCAAAAGGCCCGUGUUGAACAGACCACAGGGCUGGACAGCAUGCCUUGUCUUGACACUUCAUGCCUAAUGCCUGCUGUCCUCAGCCUCCACACUCCACCAUGCCUCAGGAACCUUGCAGUUCCAGGCCUGGAGUCCCCUUCUGGUGACACAGAGACUGCCUGGCGCUCCUUAUGUGAGAGAUCACGAAAUGCUGAACCCACAUUCCCACUUGGCAGCAAUUGGCUAGACCUGAGAUAGUCAUCGCCUUUACACAAGGCUCCCGCCUAGACACAAUACCAUGUAUCUCCUCGGCCCCUCACUGCUGCUCCUAGAAUACUUGGCUUUCUCUGACUCACGCUGGGUGUUUAAACACCCCAAGACCCUCUACGCCUGGGAGGGAGCCUGCGUCUGGAUUCCCUGCAGCUACAGAAUCGCAGGGCAUGGAAAGACCAUGGACACCCUCGUUGUGUACCACAAUUAUACGUAUGACGAAAAGGCCAAGGAAUACCAUGGGAAAAUCCUCUGCAACAAGACAAAGACGGAGGAGCUGUGUCUCCAGGAAAGUGUGAAAUUCCUAGGAGACAUAAAAUCCAACUGCACCCUAUCUAUCCAACCUGUGCAAGCCCAAGACAAUGGUCUGCUGGGGCUGAGGAUGACAUCGGAAGCUGGCAAAUGGAUGGAAAACAUAUUCCUCAACAUCUCCCAGACGGCCCCUCCUCCUCACAUCCAACUCCCUCCAGAAAUCCAGGAGUCCAGGGAAGUCAGUGUGACCUGCUCGCUGAAUUUCUCCUGCCCUGGGUAUGAGAUCAAACUGAAGUGGUCCCUGAAUGGGUUACCUCAAUAUACCUCUGUUCCCUCGACUUCCCUGACCACCGAGGCUGUCUCCACCCAGAGCAAGCUCACAUUUGAGCCAAAGUGGUUCCACCAUGGCAAGAAUCUGACCUGCCAGCUCUGGAAUGACAUAUCAGAGGGGCUGCUACUCUCUCAGGAAACGGUGCAGCUGGACGUGAAGCACACCCCAAAGUUGAUGAUUGAGGUCCAUCCUAGAGACACCAUUGUAACCAAGGGGGACUCUGUGACCAUGACGUGCCAAAUCAACAGCAGCAACCCAGAGCCGACGAAUAUGUACUGGUUCAAGGAUGGGAGCCCGCUGAGAGAGCCCAGGAUGCUGCAGAGCGCGCAGAAGAGGCUCACACUAACUCUGUCCAACGUGACCAAGGAGAUGGGUGGACACUACUACUGUGUGGCCCACAAUGACAUAGGCUCAGAAAGGUCGCAAGAAGUGGCUCUCCAAGUGCGCUAUGUUCCGGAACCUUCCAAGGUUCAGAUCUCCCCCUCACCAGCUAAGGAGGGAGGUACAGUAGUGCUGACUUGUUUGUCACCAGCCAACCCUCCUCCAACAAAUUACACGUGGUUUCACAAUAGGAUUGAAGUGCCGAGAAAGACAAGCAUGACCUUCCAGAUCUUAAAGGUCCUCCUCAAGCAUGCUGGGAAUUAUUCCUGCUGGGCAGUAAACAGUCUUGGUCGUGGCUAUGUUGGCCAGGAAGCUGAGUUGGAUGUCCAAUAUUCCCCCAAGGAGGUAACCACAGUGAUUCAAAAUCCCACACCAAUUCGAGAAGGAGAUAAUGUCACCUUGCUCUGUCACUACACUUCCAGUAACCCCAGUGUUACCCGAUAUGAAUGGAAAUCCGAAGGCUCCUGGAAUGAGCCAGAACCUGGGGUGCUGAUGAUUCAGAAAGUUGCCUGGAACGCCAAGCCAUUCACCUGUGCGGCCUGUAACCAAUGGUGUUCCUGGGCUUCCCCUGUCGACCUGCAUGUCCAGUAUGCCCCCAAAGGUGUCAAGGUCCUGCCAGUCAGUCCCCGUCGUGAGAUUCACUCUGGGCACCAGGUCCUCCUCCAGUGUAACUUCUCAAGUAGCUGCCCCACAGACGUCCGCUUCUUCUGGAAGAAAAAUGGAAUCUUUCUGGAGGAAGGAAAACAACUGAGCUUUGACUCAGUCUCUCCAGAAGAUGCUGGAAAUUACAACUGCUUGGUCAACAACUCCAUAGGACAAAGCAUGUCGGAGGCCUGGACGCUCCAAGUGCUGUAUGCACCUAGGAAGUUACGGGUGUCCAUUAGCCCGAAAGACAGUGUAAUGGAGGGGAAGAAAGCAGUCCUGACAUGUGAGAGUGAUGCCAACCCUCCCGUUUCCCAGUACACCUGGUUUGAUGGGAAUAACCAAAACCUCCAACAUUAUCAUCAGAUGCUGAUAUUGAAUUCUGUGAAGGUGCAGCAGUCAGGAGCCUAUCGGUGCCAGGGGACCAACCGACUGGGUGUGGGCCAGUCGCCCCCCAGCACCCUCACUGUCUACUACAGCCCAGAGACCAUCGGCAGGCGAGUGGCCCUGGGAGUGAUGCUUUGCCUGGUUGCCGUGCUGCUGGCAUUCUGGGGAGUCAAGCUUCAGCGAAGCUGGAAGAGGAUUCAGAGCCAGCAGGAACUUCAGGAAAAUUCCAAUGGGCAGAGCUUCUUUGUGAGGAACAAAAAGGUUCGAAGGGUCCCUCUCGCUGAAGGUUCCCACGCCCUGGGCUGCUACAAUCCGGUGAUAGAGGAUACCGUCAGCUAUGCGGCCUUGCGCUUUCCUGUCGGCGAGACUGACACGCCAAGGAUUGGAGAUGCAAGGGAACAGAGACCUUCCCUACACAGGGACAAUACAGUCACUUACUCUGUGGUGCAGAAGCCUCAAACGGACGACUAUGAGAACGUGACUCCCGCUGUUCCAGAAGACGAGGGGAUACAUUACUCGGAGCUGAUUCACUUGGGAGUUGGGGAGCGGCCUAUGGUCCAGGACACAGUGGAAUAUGUGACCCUCAAGCACUGAUGGGCCAAACCAGCAGAGGCAGAGGUGCCUAGGGGCUGCAGGGGCCAGGGAGGUCAUGGAGCUUUCCCAGCUCCUGCUGCUCAGCCGAGAAAUUACACAGCCUCCCCCUACACACACAGACACACACACACACACUCACACACAAACACACACACACACACACACUCAUUUAUUGUACCUCCAGUCAGUUCACAAAACUCUGGGCAUGGCCCAGAGACAGUCUUCCUUCUCAGCACUGGUAACCCCAACCAUCCCAAAGGUCUGCCUUUGGUUCAUUCCCAUUCUCCUCCCCACCCAGAAACUCAUGUAAACACCUGGCCUGCACUGUACAAAUCCCCCUGCCACUCCCCAGCCAUCUGCCACCACCCACCCCUUCCAUAAUCCCACCCCCAGCUGGCUGUGUCUCUGCUGGGAUCAGCUUGUUGCUAGUUUUUCUUCUUUCCCUCCCCAUCUCCUUGACACUCCCCACAGUACCCUGCUCUGAGAGCCCCACUCACUAAUCUUAGGCUUACUUUCUGCCUUUGGGGCAAAACCCAGGAAAGGGACAGAAAUGAGGUAGAACGAGGCAUGGUCUGGCGCUGGUUUCUCCUCUACCUAUCAGCGAGGCAUUCUGCGGAGAGGAUCACGUGGCUGCAGCCCCACCCUCAGGGGCUUGUGGUCUGAGACAUGCACCAGUGUGGACAAACAUGUAAAAAACACAGAGCGGCACAAUAAAAAUGGCUAAGAGAUCA